AUGCAUCGUCAUAAUCAAAAUAACGAUUAUAGAAAUUAUUCUUUUAUACCUCCAUCAAGUUCAUCAUCUUCACGAAAUGCUCAUUAUCAAUAUUAUGAUCGUCGUUUACGUACUCGACAAACUCUAUAUUCAAAUGCAACACCUAUUCCGACAUAUUCUACACCACGUCCUCAACAUCAAUAUCAACCAUCAUCAACAACAACAACAACAACAACAACAACGAUUUCUGAUUUAGCUGAACCAAUAUCAGUAUUUCACAAUAUAGAACCUUCUAAAUAUCAUCGAUCGUCUAUAACAUCUCUUCCAAUAACAUAUAAACCACCAAAUCCAAGUCGACAGUCAUCAAUUGUUGAUAAUCGUCUUGCUACAGCUAGUGUUAUGCGUGAACAUUUAUUAAAAGAUAUUCAACGAAAUAUUAGUGAGAUUGAUCAAGAAUUAUCUUCAUUAAAAAAACGACCUUCAAUUUCACAAUAUAUUCCACCACGUCUUUCACCUAUAGUAGAUGUACGACAAACAUCAAGUCAGAAAAAAACUCGGUUACCAAAUGAUGACAAACAAAUUUGGCCAGAUAAACCUAAACGAGUUUAUCAAGUUGUACCACGUAUAACAAGUGAAGCAAAAAAAACAUCACAACAAUCAACACCAAAAUUAUCUGAACAAAGUAUUUCAAAUUCAUUUAUUGGACAAUAUCAUUAUGGACCAGAAGUCGAAGAAAUUGAAAUUCGUGAAAAUGAUCCUGAAAAUUCUGAUCUUAAAUCAACUUUGGAUGAAAUAUCUCGAUUUAAUUUUCAUGAAAUAUUUUCUCUAGAACAAUUUUAUCGUCAACAAUCUGAUUUACCAGAAAAUCGUGCAUUAAUUUUCGUUCCACAAUAUGUUGAUAAUUAUGAUAUUAAAAUAAAUGAAUCAACAGAAGAAUUUCAAGAAAAAACUCCAAUUGAUACAAAUUUUGCUCGAUCAUCAACUGUUACAUCUCUACAUGAUUUAGCAUCAUCAAAUAAAUUAAAUAUUCAAGAUUUUCAAUUACUUAUGCAAAUUGCACCUGAACCAAAAAUUGAAAUUUCAUCUGAAAAUGUUGUUAAUUCUCAUGAAAUAUCCAAUCAAGUCGAAGAAAAUUUAAAUAAUACAAUACUUUCUAAACCUGUUAAACAUUCUCGUCUAUCAAUAAGAACUCAAGAAACACUUUCUCUUUCUUCACAAACAAUGAAAAAUGCCGAAAAUACUACUGAUUUUGAUAUGAAUUAUUUUUUUAGUGAUUUUGGAAAUGAAUAUGAAGGUGAAGAAGAUCUUAUAUCAAUUGAUCCUUAUCAUUUUGCACCACCAACAGCAUCUGAAAUUAUACCUGAUGAUAACAAAAGUAAUAUUUUAAUUCGACAAUCUCAAACAUCACUACCAAAUUCGCAUGCAUCAGAACAGCAACAAACAAUUGAAAAUAAUAAUCAAUAUAUUAAAGAAACAGAAAAGAAAAAAAUCGAUGCAACAACGGAACACAUUGUUACACCGAUUUCAACAUCACAAUCAACCAAAAUGCUUCCAGUUUCAAUUGAUGACGACACACAAACUCAGUCUGUUAGAAAUAACAAUAAUAGUAACGAACAUCAACAGCAAAUAUUCACAACAUCGUUAAAUAUGAAUACAAAUGAACAAUCUCAAGAAAAUAAAUUAAAUAAUUUAUUAACAGAUCUUCAUGCAUCUUCAUCGAAGUUCGAACAAGAAACAACAAAUAAAACUACAUCAAAAAAUAUAAGUCCGACUCAUUCAAGGCCAAGGUCAAUAAGUAAUAAAUCUCAUUCAAGUCGACAACGAUCAUCUUCUUUACAUAAUUCAACUAAAAAUCCAUCGAAAAAUAUUCUUUCUCAAGAACAAUCAUUUACAUCUAUUCCUAAUAUUUCUGAAAUAUCAACAAAACAAACAGAACCUGUACUUGAUAAUGAACAACAAACAUCAAAUGAAUCACGUCGUAGUUCAGCUAUUCCGGUUGUACUUUAUUCACCUGAUUCUGAUAAUAUUCCAGUAUCAACAUCAAGAACAGCAUCACCUGAAAGAAGAAAUUCAAUUCCUUCACUUAAUCAAAAUAUACUUUUUACAUCAACAGAUAUUAUAAAUUUUGAAGAUUCAAAUACAGAAAAUCUUCAAACUGUAUCAUCACAACAGCCAAAUGUAGUAGAACAUGAAGAACUUAGCCAUUCGAUAAAUUCUUUAUCAGUACAAGAAAUUCAACAAAAUAAUCAAUCACAUGAACUUCAAGAUGAAUUAUUAUCAAAUGAAAAUCAAGAUGAAAUUAUCAAUCAACAUCUUUCACCACCUAUAUCAAUACAUGAACAAGAAAAUAAUCGAUUAAAAUCAGUUUCACCAUUAACUAUGGAAACAAAAAAAAUUGAAGAUAAUGAUAAUAAUGAUGAUUUACAUUUGCCAUCUCUUUCUCCUCGUCAUAGUAAUGGAUCCAAUACUAAUCUAACAUCUGUUGAACAAGAAGAUAUAUUUCGACAAACAAUAUCUCCUGAUUAUAUUAAUAAUCAAUUAGAAAAACCAACAUCACCAUUAUUAGAACCAAAAUUAAUUGUUGAAGAUCAAUCUAAACAUGAAGACAAACAUUCAUCAUCUCCAAUACUUGAAGAUGAAAGUUUACCAUUAAUUACAGCAAGUCAACGACGUUCAAAAUUAUCUCUUUUAGUACAUCGACCAAAACAACGACAGAAAAAACCCAUUCAUGAUCAAUUAGUACAAACACAUAUUGAAGAUUCAUCUACAACAAAUACAAAUCAAAAAUCAAAAAAACAAGAACAUCAUGUAUCAAGUUUUGAUAAUAUUUCACAUGUUCAAAUAAAAGAACAUCAUCCUUUAAAAAAUUGGCGUGAACGUAUUCAUGGUAUUUUAACAAAAAAACAUUUACCGAAUGAUAAAUAUUCACAUGUAAAAUCACGUGUUAAUUCCUUUGGUAAUUUUGAAUAUCAAUCCAAAAGAUUUGUAAUUUUUCCAAAGAAAAAAUUACAUAAAAAAAUAUUGUCCGAUCAACAAAUUGUUCGUCAAGAAGAUAAAUUUAAAAAUAAUAAAAAUCAAUCUGAAGAAAAUAUUCCUUCAUCAUUGUCACCACAGUUAUUCGGACGACUUUGGUGUCUACCUGAUGGAAAACCAAAAAUUUUUCAUGAACCACUUCGAUGGAAUGUACAAUCAAAAAUUAAAUCCUAUUCACUCGAAAAUCUUCAUCAUAAACCACAUCAAAGUCAUUUUAAAGUCUUUAAUGAAAAACCUAAAUGGAAUAGUGAAUCUAAAUUAGCUGAAAUUGUAAAAAUUAGUCCACGUCGUCAAAUUCUCAUGAAAACUGUUACAUUAUUAACAAUGCCUGAGGACAAUGAUCCAUAUAUUCAUCAACAAGAAUCUCAAAUUGAAACAAAGAUUUUCGAUAUUAAUUCUAAUGGUAAACCACAAUAUUAUGUAGAUGAUAUAUUUUUUGAUUCUAAACAAUCGACUAAAUUAAUUAUUCAUAAAAAACUUUCAUGGAAAAAAAAAUCUAAAUUAAAAAAUAUGAUCUGGGAAAAUAAAGAUUAUCAACCAAAACAAUCUCAAGUUAAAAUUUUUCAUCAAGCAGUUCGUUGGAAAAAUGAAUCAAAAUUACAAAUUACUCAUUUAAUAAAUUGGAAUAAUCAAGAAAAAAUAAAAUAUUGGUCAAAAAUAGAUCAACCACAAUUAACAAAAACAAAAGCACUUUUUUCUGCAUAUUAUGAUCCAAAAUGGAAUGAUAUUAUUACAGAUAAUAUUGAUACAACAAAUAAAUAUGAUCCAUUAAUAGAAAACUUAAAAUUACAUGAUCAUGAAGAAGAAAAUUUACAAAAUGAAAUUCAAGUACAGUCUCCAGCAAAUCGACCUAAAUGGAAUUCUGUAAGUAAAACACGAAGUGUUAAUUUAAUUUAUAAUCCAAAAAUAUCAAAUUCGAAUUCGAUUCGAAGAGGAUGGGAUCUUGAACUUCGACGAAAACGAGUUCAUAAAUUACCACCAAUUAAACGUAAAAGAGAUCAUAAUAAACUACCCCAAUUAUCUGUGGAAGGUCCAUCAUCAAAUUAUCCAUUAGCAAUUGAUUAUAAUUAUGAUCCUUCUUCGACAGCGAAUGAACAUAUGACAAGUAUUGAUUAUGGAACAAUAUCAUCAAGACCAUCGACAAAAGCACUUGUUCCAUUACGACAUAUUCCAAAUCUUGAAUUAUUAUCUGAAACACCACGAUCUCAACGACCAAUUCAACAAGAAUGGUAUGAUGAAUUAAAUAAAUCUCGUUUAACUCAUAGAACGGAUAUGGGACGAAUAACAAAUAAUUCAUUUCGAGAUUCAAUUGGUUCUAUUCAUCAAACAAAUACACCACGUGAACUUUUAACAUUACGUUCAUCAACACGAAAUAGUCAAAAUAGUGUAAUGAGUGGUACAUUACUUGAUUCAUCUAUUCGAACGAAUCGAGCAACAGAACUUCGUUUAUCAAGAGAUAUGAAUGAAUAUCAUCAACAUUCACAUGAUCCAAGUCAAUCAAUGCCAAUGGAAAUUCGAGGUUUUCGUCUUGAAGGUACACAAUUAACUGUACCUGAUGAUGCAACAAUUCGUCCAUUAUCAAAUAUUAAUUAUCGAGCAAGUGAACAUGUAAAACAUCGUCGUAUAUUUCCAUGGAGUAGUUUACAUCAACAUGGAACAUCAAGUCGAAAUAGUUCACUUUUACCUAUUGCAGAAUAUCGACAUCCAUCAUUUCAAACGUCUAUAAUAGAAGUUCCACAAUUGGUACAAGAAGAAUAA